AUGAGAUGCCUAAGUUGGAACUGCCGAGGGCUUGGGAACCCUCGGUCAGUUAACAUCCUUAACAUGUUGGUUAAGGACAAGUGCCCCAACUUGGUUUUCCUAAUGGAAACCAAGUGCUCGAAAAGUAGAAUGGAAGAAAUCUGCAAGCUACUGAAAUUUGAAUCCUGUUUGGUGAUAGACAGUGUAGGCAGUAGUGGUGGAUUAACUUUAAUGUGGAACAACAAGGUUAAUGUGUCCAUUUUCAACUACUCAAGAUGGCACAUAAGUGCCCAGAUAAUUCCAAACCUAGAAACCCCUCCAUGGCUGUUCACUGGCUUCUAUGGCCACCCAGAAACAGCAAAAAGACAUAUGAGUUGGGAACUUUUAAGAUCCCUCAAGCCGCACCCAUCUAUGGCUUGGCUGUGCUGUGGAGAUUUUAAUGAACUUUUGUGCCAAAAUGAAAAACAAGGUGGCUGUCCCAGACCUUAUAAACAAAUGGAAACAUUUCGACAUGCCAUCAUGGACUGUUCUUUGAACCCAAUUCAGACUCAAGGCCCUUUCUUUACAUGGUCCAACAACAGAAAAGAGGAUGAGUUUACUAAGGAAAGGCUUGAUAGAGCCAUGGCAAAUAACAACUGGAUGCAUUGCUUUACUGAGUCUUACUGUCAAGUUAUUCCUGCUAUUAAGUCAGACCACUCCCCCCUCCUUAUCCACGUGGAAAACACUGCUAGCAGAAGGCCAUGCAACACUCAUCUAUUUAGAUUUGAAGCAGCUUGGAACGUGAAAGAUGGGAUAUCCAACAUAAUUAGAGAGGCGUGGGUUAAAGUGGCAAUGGGAGAUGAUGCUGCAACCAGCAUGCACAAAAGAAUCUUGAACUGCAGCCUGGCUCUAAAGAGAUGGAAGGGAGCUGCCUCCAACAAGGCCACAGGGGACAUAAAAAGGAAGAUGAAGGAGCUGGAGAUUUUGCAAGAUACCAAUCAAGGAGACCAGGUGGAAGCAAUCACCCUCCUUCAAAAGGAAAUAGAACAAUCACUAGGUGAGGAAGAACUAAAAUGGAAACAAAGGGCCAAACAGCAUUGGCUGCAAAAUGGAGAUAGGAAUACUAAGUUCUAUCAUUUGCAUGCCUCUCAAAGAAGGAAGACAAACAAAGUAUCCCAGAUUUAUGACUCAAAUGAUAACCUGGUCACCCAGAAGCAGCAGAUUGGGGAAGUAUUCACCACUCAUUUCGUAGAUUUAUUCACCUCUUCUAACCCAUGUGACAUAGGAAGGUGUUUGGAGGACAUUCCCACAAAGGUCACUCCAUUGAUGAAUGAAGUCCUGCUUCAACCUUUUUCAGAAGAAGAGGUCAAAUCUGCAGUGUUUCAAAUGAAAGCACUGGGAUCGCCUGGCCCUGAUGGUUUCCCAGCCAUCUUCUACCAAUCCCAUUGGGAAACUAUUGGCAAGGAAGUAACCAGUUUUGCUCUUAAUGUAGUUAAUGAUGGGGGAUCUUUGGAAGGGGUCAAUGAAACUUUCAUUACUCUAAUUCCUAAGACCAAAGACCCUAAGAGAGUUCCUGAUUUUAGACCUAUCAGCUUAUGUAAUGUUAUUUAUAAAAUUGUUGCAAAAAUGCUCUCUAAUAGAUUAAAGAUUGUACUGCCUGACAUUAUUUCCCCCAAUCAAAGUGCUUUUGUCCCAGGUAGAUCUAUCACGGAUAACAUAUUGGUGGCAUAUGAAACACUCCACACUAUGUCUACUAGAAUGCAGGGGAAGUCAGGCUACAUGGCCUUGAAGCUAGACAUGAGCAAGGCCUACGAUCGUGUCGAGUGGUCUUUCUUAUACUCUGUGAUGAGCAGGCUGGGCUUCCACCAAAACUGGAUCUCCCUUGUGGAAAAAAGUAUCUCCUCAGUAUCUUUCUCAAUCCUCAUCAAUGGGGAACCUCAAGCAUCUUUCAAACCUUCGAGAGGGCUAAGGCAAGGGGAUCCUCUAUCCCCUUACCUAUUUAUACUAUGUGCAGAAGCCUUAUCAUGCAUGCUGCAUAAGGCUGAAAGUGUUGGCAGCAUUUCUAGUGUCCCCAUUGGAAAAGGACCCCAAAAGGUUGGCCAUCUCUUCUUUGCUGACGACAGUAUGAUUUUCUGCAAGGCCAACUCACUUGAAUGGAGCAGAUUGAUGGGGAUCCUUGAGAUGUAUGAGAGAGGCUCGGGCCAAAAGCUGAACAAGGAGAAGUCCUCAAUAUUCUUUAGUAAGAAUACCCCUUUAGAAAACCAGAGGACCCUCUUGCUCAUAGCUGGUUUAAAACCAAAGUUUUCUCUUGAAAAUUACCUGGGACUACCAGCUAUGAUUGGGAGAGCAAAAACAGUUGCAUUCCAUGGACUCAUUGAUAGAACCUGGGCAAAGAUAACAAACUGGAAGACAAAAAGUCUAUCUUCAGCAGGCAAAGAAAUUCUGAUCAAAUCUGUUCUUCAAGCCAUCCCUACCUAUACAAUGGGGAUCUUUUUACUGCCUCAAUCCAUAGUAAAGAGAUUGGAUCAGCUGGUAAGGAAAUUCUGGUGGGGUUUCAAUGAGGACCAGUCCAAAAUUCAGUGGGUAAAGUGGUGUAAACUAAGCAAUAGCAAAGACCAGGGAGGGAUGGGGUUUCGAAACUUUAGCAGUUUCAACCUUGCCCUACUAGCAAAGCAAGGCUGGAACAUUCUCACAAAACCAACCUCCCUCUCAGCUCAAGUUUUGAAACAGAAGUAUUUCCCCUCAAGCAACCUGCUGAAUGCAAAACUGGGGUACAGACCAUCUCUAGCAUGGAGGAGUAUGGUGGAAGGACUGAAGCUUCUAAAGGAAGGAGUAGUAUGGAGGAUUGGCAAUGGAUGUUCAGUUAAUGUAUGGAAGGAUCGAUGGCUCCCAAAACAAAUCUCCUUGGCAGCAACAAACAGAAUCAGUGGUGCUGCUGAUAUUACUUGGGUAUCUGAUCUUAUUGAACCUGGGUCAAGAAGCUGGAAAUAUCAAACACUCACCAAGUAUUUCUCCCAGCAGGAGAUAGACCUUAUUAGAGCCAUUCCCAUUAGUUUGGGAAACAGAGAGGACAGAAUUAUAUGGGGUGGGACAAAGAAUGGCCUUUUCUCUGUGAAAAGUGCAUAUCAUCUCCACAAGGAGAUUUCUUCUCUAAAAGAAAGUGGGACCUCAAAAGACCAUGCUUUUUGUGAAAACUGGCAAUCAAUAUGGAAACUAAAAGUCCCUAAUGUGGUCAGAAACUUCCUUUGGAAAGCCAGCAGUGAAGCUCUCCCUAUCAUGGACAACCUACACAGAAGAAAGGUGAGUGAACACUUUUUAUGUCCAAUAUGCCAGCUUGAAAGGGAAACCUCAGGGCAUGCUCUUUGGGGAUGUGGUGCUGCAAAAGACGUGUGGGGCCAAGCUAGCAUUAAAAUCAUGAAAAUGUCUUUGCAAUGUGAUCAAUUUAGAGACAUAUGGGCUCACCUAACAGAAAAACUCCCAAAAGCUGAACUAGAAAUGGCAGGCUUAAUAGCCAGACUCAUCUGGAAUAGAAGAAAUGAGUUUGUUCAUGGUAAGGGAUUCAGACAUCCCAUUUCCAUCCUCCAGAAGGCCAAGGAUGAUCAUAGAGCCUACCACUUAACCAGAACCAAGGGCGGCACCCAUCUUGAUACUAGUAGGACACAGAAUGAGCAGAAAUGGAGAAAACCUCCAGUGGGUAGAUACAAGCUCAACUGGGAUGCUGCAUUAGAUACCUCAAGGGGACUGACAGGAAUUGGUGCACUGGUCAGGGACUGGAAUGGCAAGGUUCUCGGGUCAGUGAGGACAUACAGACAACUCAAUCUAUCUCCUCUUUCUGCUGAAGCUUAUGCUUUGAUGGUGGCUAUUCAGUUCUGCAAAGACCAUGGGUUCACCAACAUAAUCUGUGAAGGGGACUCAUUGCAGGUGGUUCGAAAGAUGAAGAGUUUUGAGGAGGAUUGGAGCCAAGAAGGUCUUAUCAUUGAAGAUGCAAAAACAUUACUGAAGUCCUUCUCUUAUUGGGACAUUAUACACACUAAGAGGGAUUCUAAUAUGGCAGCAGACUUACUAGCCAAGGAUGCCCUUAACAAUGUAAUUGAUGUGUGUGAUCUGGGCUUAAUUCCAAACUGUAUUGCACAAGUUGUCAGUUAUGAUUCUUUGUAAUCAAUUAUUGUGGAAUGAAAAGUUCGAUCUCUUUCAAAAAAAAAAAA